AGAGCUUAACAACUUUCCUAGGGACCUGACCGUUGUGGGCAGGCCUUGCUGCGCAUUGGAAUCAACAUGAUGGCCUUACCUGGAGGCCGCCAGCUGGACUCCAUUCCCCUGCCUGGGCAGCGGCUGCACCUCCUGCAGGCGGACUCAGUUCAGCGCUGGAUGGAGGACCUGAAGCUCAUGACCGAGUGUGAGUGCAUGUGCAUCCUGCAGGCGAAACCCAUCAGCCUGGAGGAGGACACGCAGGGUGAUCUCAUCCUGGCGGGAGGGCCCGGCCCCGGAGACCCUCUGCAGCUGCUGCUCAAGCGGGGCUGGGUCAUCAGCACAGAGCUGCGCAGGAUCGGGCAGAAGCUGGCGCAGGACCGCUGGGCCCGCGUGCACAGCAUGAGUGUGCGGCUGACUUGCCACGCCCGCUCCAUGGUCAGCGAGUACAGUGCAGCCAGCAGGAGCCCCUCGCAGGAAAUGGGCCAGGUUGAGAAGCUGCUAAUGGAGAAAUGUUCAGAGCUCUCUGCAGUCACAGAGAGGUGCCUCCAGGUGGAGAAUGAGCAUGUCCUGAGGUCGAUGAAGGCCUGCGUGAGCGAGACCCUGAGCACCCUGGGCCAGCACUUCAGCCAGCUGCUGGAGCUGGCCCUGACACGGGAGGUGCAGGCACUGGUGAGAAAAAUUGAUGCCUCGGACAACAUCUAUACCACGGAGUCCACCACAGGGAACCUGUUCAGCCUGACCCAGGAAGGUGCUCCUUUGUGCCGCAUCAUAGCCAAGGAGGGUGGGGUCGUGGCACUCUUCAAGGUCUGCCGGCAGGACAGUUUCCGGUGCUUGUACCCCCAGGCACUCCGCACCCUGGCCUCCAUCUGCUGCGUGGAGGAGGGUGUGCACCAGCUGGAGAAGGUGGAUGGUGUUCUGUGCUUGGCUGACAUCCUGACCGACGACAGCCAUUCUGAGGCCACGCGGGCAGAGGCUGCAGCUGUGGUGGCCCAGGUCACCUCUCCACACCUGUCCUUCACCCAGCAUCUCAGUAGCUUCCUGGAGAGCAUGGAGGAGAUUGUGACAGCCCUUGUCAAGCUGUGCCAAGAGGCCUCAUCUGGGGAAGUCUUCCUGCUGGCCUCUGCGGCCCUUGCCAACAUCACCUUUUUUGACACAAUGGCUUGUGAAAUCCUUCUGCAGCUGAAUGCCAUCCAUGUCCUCUUGGAAGCCUGCAGUGACAAGCAGAGAGUGGAUACACCUUACACCCGGGACCAGAUUGUGACCAUCCUGGCAAACAUGUCUGUCCUGGAGCAGUGUGCGUCUGACAUCAUUCAGGAGAAUGGGGUCCAGCUCAUCAUGGGCAUGCUGUCUGAGAAGCCGAGGUCAGGGACCCCUGCAGAAGUGGCAGCCUGUGAGAGAGUCCAGCAGAAAGCCGCAGUGACCCUGGCCCGUCUAAGUCAAGACCCAGAGGUAGCACGGGAAGCCGUGCGGCUCAGCUGUGUGUCCCGUCUUAUCGAGCUCUGCAGAUCCCCAUCAGAGAGGAACAGCAGUGACGCUGUGCUCGUGGCCUGCCUGGCUGCUCUGCGUCGAUUGGCUGGGGUCUGCCCUGAAGGACUCCAGGACUCAGACUUCCAGCAGCUGGUCCAGCCCAGACUUGUGGACUCCUUCUUACUCUGCAGCAACAUGGAGGAGAGUUUUGUGUAGCUGGUGUGGGAGGAAAUGCAUUUACUCUGCCUUUCUGAAUACACACCUGGAGCACCUGAGUAUAUACCACCCUCUCCUCAACUCUGUAUUUAUACAUAAUUUAUUUUUAUGUGAAAUAGAAGGUGAAAUCUUCUACCAACGUCAUCAAACAGUAGGUGUUUCUUGGGGUUUUCUUGUUUCUAUUUUUUGACUUCUGUGGCUUUUUAGUUCCAGAUGCUUAAAUGCAUAAUGGCUAAUAUGACAGAUUGUCAUGGAUGAUUUCACUUCAUCUUGUUUUCUCUACUCUCACUAUAUAAUCAUGCCUAAUUUUUUUAAAUGUUGGAACCAGAGUAUCUUAACUGCCCAGCAGUUUUUUUAAAAGUUAGAAUCACUCUUCCUAAAAACUUUAAAAUAAACUUCACAGCUGGACAGAAUAUACUGGAAAGAAAGGUUUUUCUUUAAUAAAUGGAAUCAUGCAAA